CCAAAACAUUAUUGCGGAAGUGGGUAUCGCUUUUCGUUUGUUCUGGGCUGAUAGUGCUGCGCCACUUUCUAGCUGAACUCAGAAACAGUGUCGAAGUUCGACGAGACCGACCAAUCCUCGUUGUGUGCUUUGCAAUGGCUGACUCACAAACCUAUAACACGACCACGGCUCCUUUGGAUCAGAAUCAGAAAUCGAACAAAUUUGGACAUUUGGGGAUUUGGGGAUUUUUUUUGAAGUUGGCAGAAGUGUUCCUGUCAUUUUUAGCCUUUGUCCUGGAGGAGGUGGUGUCCACAUGUAACGCUUGUAGCUUGCUCUACUUCUUUGAGUUUGUCAGCUGCACGGCCUUCCUCUUCACCUUGCUCCUCCUCAUCCUCCUGGCCUCCUCACUGCACAAGAAAGUGGGCAUCAAUAGCUGGGACCGCCUGGACUUCGUAUAUACGAUUCUGAUCACCGUCCUCUUUCUACUUGCUUCUGGUCUCUUCCUCUCGGACAACAGCGGGUCUGACUUGGAGAAGGCGGCUGGGGGGUUUGGCCUAUUUUCCUCUGUGGUCUUCUCCAUAAAUGUGAUAUACCUCUUCAUGGCGAAACGAAAUACAAUCAUUGGCAAGACAAAUGACAAGCCCACCAACCAACAACAACAACAACAACCUGAAAAUCCAGAAGCCGUGAAACUCACCAAUGGUCAAGAGGUGUGAUGGACACCUUACUGUCACAUUCUGUCAUCCUAAGAAAGACAUCUGCUUCAGUAAGGAUGAACAUUGAAUACUUAAGUUUAAAUUCAGUUUAUAUUUUAAAUCUCAAAUUGUUUUAAAGAAGCAAGAACAUAAGAGUUUGCCAAAGAUCGGAUGUUUUUGUGGCUCAGAAUUCAUUUAUGAAUUAAGACAUACUGCACUUCAGAUUUUUUUAGAUAUAACAAUUCAUGUUCCCCAGUAUUUUGUAGUUUCUUUGCAUCUCACUGCAUUUCAGCAGUGAACUUUUGGUCAGGGGCAGAAAGACGAAAACAAAUGCUACCAAAAUAUCUGAGACUGAUAAAUAAGAUGCACAAAUUACACAAUAUUAUACACUGCAGAAACUGCAUAUCUAAUAAAAUCUAACCAAGUAGAU